AGAGAGAGAGCGGUGUAAGAAGAGAGCGAGGAGAGGGAAGGGAGAGAGAGAGACGCGGACGAUUCAGAGUUGCCGCUACCACCACCACCGUAUUCACUGGUGGCUGUGUGUACGUGCCGCCGGUCAUGCGUUAAAGGCCGUGCCGGGAGGGCUCUUUCUUUAUCCGUGUGUUAUCCUGCCGAGCAAGAAAUAACACAGCCCUUGUGCUGAUCCUAUAAAUAGAAUAAUAAUAAACCCAGAAUAAGAAUUCUCGGCGCGUAAUGCAUCCCCAGUAUUAUGUUCGCGUUGCUGCGCUGGUCCUUAAUUUAGUGAGCUUCCUCCAGCCCUAAUCAAUUGCUCUAUCGUCACAAGCAGACACAUGCUGGUUAUCGUUGCGCCGCUGUGCUGUUGAGUUCACAUUUAAAAAUAGAACUCUACUCAACACACACAGACACACGGUCAAGCGGUGUUCCGAACCUCUGGAAGAAACCAGGGAUCAAAUCGAACAUCUUCGGCGCCACGUGUUCGUAUUCCUCACCGGCGCAAGCUGCUUGCAAUGACGCACUCCGAGAUGAUGAUGGUGGUGGUGGUGGCACGAGACUGCGUGGCUCGGCGCUGCGGGCGGACGAGCCAAGACCUCGUCUAGAUCGUGGUGGUCAUGCGCACUCUUCUCGCUUGAACGUGGUCGAGUUCGAGGAGAGUCAGACGCGACUCGACGGAGGAGAGAGAGAGACCCCCCCCCCCACCCUCUCUCUGCACAAAUAUGCUCGGAACGGGAUGCUCUGCGAGCGUCACUGUGGUGGUAGCAGCAGCAGCGAUCCUGGCCGUGGCAAAGGGCAGGUUCGUGCAGAUCCCGGGAGACAUGCGCGCCAGGGAGGGCCAAGACGUGGACCUGACUUGCUCUUACCGGGGAGGAGGCGCGCCUGCCUUCGCCCCCCUCGAGAUCCAGUGGUGGUUCCUGGGCUCCGUGCCGGUGUCGGAGUCCACGCAGCAGCAGCAGGAGGAGGAGGAGGAGGAGGCCGUUCACGAGCUCCAGGGUGGCUUCAGUCAAGAGCCUACAAAAAUAAGUGUGGUCCGGGUUCUCGGCAGCAGCAUCUCCAGCCGGCUGCACCUGACCAACGUGCGCAAGCAGGACGAGGGCACGUACGAGUGCCGCGUCACCGACCGCCACGCAUGGCCCGCGCAGGAGCACAAGGCGAGGGCGGCCCUCACGGUGGAGAUGGCGGGGGGCCGCCGGCGCCCGGGCGGGCCCCGGGACGUCCAGGCGGCCGAGGCCAUGCCCCUCUUCCACAACGUCACGGCCAAGCGGAGCCCCGCGCGUCCGGCGGGGGCCCAGGGCGGGGCCUCCACACCCAGCACCAACGUCGACCGCACGUCAGGUGGACCGAGGACAUGUCCAAGGCAACACAUCCUGCUUGUAAAAGCUGCCCUCAUCUUAGCCGCCCAAUAUUUUGUAAUACAUGCAAAGUAGCACAACACUUCACUGUGUGAGACUUAGAAAGUCGACAGGUUUUUUUUUGCGUGAAAUCAUUUUUCUAUUCACGUGAUGGAGGAAGAAGCAGUUGAGCAAAUACGUUCCACCAUAGUAGUAAGAGACACAAUAUAUAUUCUUGUUUUAGCAUGGGGCGAAUGCACUCACAACAAAGCUCUUAAUCAGCUUCCCAUGACGUGGAAUCGACUGCCAUGGACAAGAAACCAUCAGUCACGCUUAAUUUUAUAUAUUGUAAUUAAACUGUCAAUUUAAAUUAAUGAGCCAAGGGCGCAAAUCUAUGACCACCAAUGUUAAGGUGGUCGUAAACAUAUAUAAAAUAAAAUACUGUGUAUAUAUAUAGAGUUUAACUUAUUCUGGAAUGACAGGGGCAUUUAUUAAUAGAAAUGUUCACAAAAACGGGAGAUUUUGGCGCUGAAAUAUAAAAAAAAGAUUGUAGUUGAUUCUUUCCCCUCUCGUAUGAAAUAAAUUACAUUCAGCCAAAAUCCAUGGUUUAUUUCGCAAUGUUUUUUUCUAAAUUAUAUUUAAACACGCGCACACACAGACACACAUAUAUAUGUGUACAUAUUUACUGCGUAAACACGAAUUUCUACGUCAUAAACGCACGCACACGUAUGCGUACGCACAUGUGUAUCUUUGUACACGUUACCAUGGUGGCCCACACACACCGAUCCACCCUCGUGAGUUCCGCACAAUCUGCCAAACUUAAUGCAGUCUCUCUCCCCCUUGUGGGCCAAAAUAAACGUCCCAAUUUGAAUACACUUGGCCGCUCGUCUGAUCGUAACAGUGAGCAGUUUGCGCAUGCGGGUACAUGCCCAUUGGAUCGCAGCCAAAGGUUCAAUUACAAACGCUCCGGCCGGUUCGUGCAAUGAAUCAAGGCGGAAGAGCGUGCGUGUAAAGGGAUGAACAGCCGGUCUGUCGAACAGCUGACAAGCAAAGAGGAUGCAUCGCGGGGCGAAUCUUAGCCUGGAAGAACUCAAAAUCGCAGCACAAUUUAAGUUGAUUAAAAGUGUAAAGUUUAUAUACGGCCGUAUCUUGAUGAACUUGAUUUCACCAAAUGUGAACACAUCUUUACAAUGUGACAUCCACCAUAUCUCGGACACUGACUCAUGCGACGUAUCUCAAAUAAACUUUAUGUUGUCUGUAAGCAAACCUA